CUACAAAUACAGCCACCAUGGAUUUAGCUAAAAAAGAACCCGGUUUCUUAGAUAGGGCUGCCUUCUUUGUUUUGACUCAUUUUCUUAAAUCACCCAAAAACAAUGACCGUUACCCACCUAUUCCAUUGCCAGCGCCUCCUCCUCCAGCUCAGGAUGCAUCUCCAGAAAGUGGGAUAAUUACCCACGACUUGAUUGUUAAGAGCAUUUUAUUCGACGAUCAAUCAAUUCGCAAGGCCUUCGUAAGGAAGGUUUUCGGAAUCCUUGUGAUCCAACUACUGUUCACAUUGGUUGUGAUGGGCAUAUGCACAUACAACCAGUCCACCCGGGAAUUUAUGCAGGAUAACUUUUUCAUCUUUUACGUCGCCGUGAUUGUUCACGUAAUUGUGAUGGUAAUGCUCGUGUGCGUGGAGCGCAUACGACGCAGGCAUCCCGCCAAUCUGAUUUGCCUGGCCAUCUUUACAGUCACCAUGUCCGUGCUCUUGGGAAUGAUAGCCAGCUCAUUGGACUCCAAUUUGAUAGUCUCGGCAGUGGCAAUAACUACGGUGCUGGUCGCCGCACUUUGCAUCUAUGCCGUGCAAACUAAGUACGAUUACACUGCAAUGGGCGGGCUGAUGGUUACCUUUGUGAUGAUCAUUUUCAUCCUGGCAGUGUGCAGCUUCUGGUUGCCCGACUUCGUAGAUAGCUUGCCAAUUUCAUGCCUAUGCGCAGCAAUCGGCAGCUUCUUCCUGAUCCACGACAUGCAGUCGAUAGUCGGCGGGAAUAGAGCGGAACAGUUGGAUCCCGAGGAGUACGUGUUCGCAGCUCUUACUUUGUACACCGAUGUGAUUCGUAUAUUUCUUUAUAUUAUUAAGAUUCUACAGAAAUUUAAUUAGUAUGGAUCUCAGUCCGGAAAAGCCAGCUAAUGUAUUUGUACCAGAGCUUACCUUUAUAUUUAUAACCGGCUUCAGCUUUAAAAACCAGUCAA